UAAACCUUCGCGGCGCACGAUGUCGUCAAAACUCAACGCAGUUGCGUCAUCUAACAAGCUACUUGCAGGGAGGCCCCGGACUCGUCAGUGAGCACGCGAUCGAUCCAUCGCAUCCGCUGCGAGACCGUUCACUCCUUUCCACCUGCCGCACGAUCCCACUAUCGCCAUGGGUGUUCCAGCUGGUGAUCCCGAGAAGGGGAAGAAGAUCUUCGUCCAGAGGUGUUCACAGUGCCACACGAUUGAAGCUGGGGGUAAGCAUAAGGUGGGCCCCAACCUGCACGGCUUAAUCGGCAGGAAAACUGGGCAAGCAGCUGGCUACACUUACACGGAAGCCAACAAAGCUAAAGGCAUCACAUGGAACAAGGAUACGUUAUUCGAGUAUUUGGAGAACCCGAAGAAGUACAUCCCUGGGACGAAGAUGGUCUUCGCUGGAUUGAAGAAACCUCAAGACCGUGGUGACCUGAUCGCUUACAUUGAACAGGCGAGCAAGUAACGUGCCAAGAGUCAAGGAUUACCGUAAAGGACACGGAGGGCAGCAGAUAAAUGAAGUUCUCCCAUCCUUGGUGCUAAACUGACCGCAUCCUGUGGAAAGUACGCAGUCCGCUGCCCCACGAGUUCGCUCUUGAUCUCUGGUUCUCCGGUUUUCCCGAACAACUCAAAAGAUAUUCGGUACCCCAUAUGUUUGCCGAUCAACUAGUAAAGAAUUGUUAUUGUUAAGUAGGUAUAGAGUACCGUGACGACAUAUGUACGCAUGUACGCACGAUCGGGCGAGGUGCGUACAUAAUCUGACGCUGACUAGGGCUGGACCAAUGUCAGUUUAAAUGAAUGUUCGAACACUUCGAACCCAGAUGUCUCAGUGCCGGUCAUCGCGACUGUUCAUAAUAAAUUAUUAAUCAGGACUCACCAGUACCGAACGCUCGCUGUGCGUAGGUCUGCAACGAAAUGCAUAAGAUUUGGCACUGAAA